GCAGUACUAUCCACUGCCUCCGUAUCGCAGCCGCUCUGCAGAAUGCAUCAGGAAAAAAUAAUUAUCUAUACUUUCUGCUCCACGGGAUGUGAGUUAAGAUAAGUGAUCAGGAUGGUAGCAGCAGCACAGAUCGAUGUGGACAGACCAAAGCGAUGGAGGAGACAACGCCAGACCCUGCUUUUGUGGAUGUGGACCAGGGUCUGACUCUGGCAUGCAUCGCCUUCCUCUGUCUGCUGUUGAUCGCAAUGAUCAUUCGCUGUGCCAAAGUCAUCAUGGACCCCUACAGCGCCAUACCGACCUCGACCUGGGAGGAGCAGCACCUGGACGAUUAACAGAUCCGAUUGUGUGUAAAUAGACCAACUCGCAUGCUGGAAGACAUGUAUCUUUGGACAUUUUUCCCAUCACCUCUGCUAAUAAAUGUGCACCUACAAGAUAUUUUUGCAGUACAAACUGUAAAACAGAUACAGCAGUUGACUAUGGGAUCUAUAUAUUUCUUUCUUGUAUACAUCCAAACAAAUACAGGAACUGUUCCAAAACUUUGUGAGCUACUUGCUGUCUACUGCCUAUAGAGGUAGCUGCUUUUAAAGGUAGCAUACUAACUUAAAUGGAAUCUUUUAAGUGACCAGUUUUGAGUGCUCUUCAUUGGUAGCAUCUCUGUACAUCAUGCAGAUAUCGCUCCUCACACAAGGAAAAUGGAAGACUUGAUUCACAGUUGAUUGCACUAGAGUUUUUCUUUAGCAUGUUGCUAAGCUAACAGUCUGAUUGUAUAAUACAUAAAAAUACAAAGCACACAUAAAUAUUGGGUAAAAUUGUGCAUUAAGCUUGUCACAAUGCUUUAUAAGUUUGGCUUCUUCAUGGACAAAUACGAUGCCUCUUUGAAGGCAGCAUAUAUUUUUGGAAACUUUGUGGGAGUGCACCUAUAAUACUUUAAAAUUCUGCCUACGUAGGUAACUUUCUAGAUUUUGAAAUGGAGUCACACACAUGUAAAAUGUGAAGGAUUCCCUUGCUUUGAAGAUAUAUUUACUGCAUUCACCUUUAGUUUAUUUUUUGCUAACUAGCUUACAUCACACAAGAAUGCAUGAAGGAUUACACGAGUUCUCUCCUGACACCUAUUGCCUCUUUUUUACUAAUUUCCUAGCAGUAUCUGUUCUGGACAGGAGUUGUCAUCAUCUGGGCAUAAUAUACCAACACCUCAGUACUAAGCACAGCAAGUCAUGGUCACACUUUCCCUAAGAUCAGACCAGCCAAUAUCUGACACCUCCAACCCACACUAUCCUGACUCAUCAGUGUCAGAACACAAGAGGACCACAAUAAAUCCUGCCUAAAACUUUUAAUAAGAAACAAAUGCAUUGUGAGAAAGUGUAUUUUUUAUAUUCAUUAUGGGUAAAACUGGAAGCAAUGAGUUAGUUGCAAAACAUACUGUAUGCAAGUAUGUGAGCGCAAAUGCUUCUCACUACACAAGCGUAAUUUCAUGAAGUGUUGGGGUUCAGACAUCUGUCAGACAUCCCUUUACAAGCCUCAUAAUUCCAGCAAUGAUUGAGUCUGCAUUUGAGUUAAAGGAAUAGUUCUCCUGAAAAUAAACAUUCUCAUUAUUUACUCAACCCCAUGCUGUUCAAAGUUGUUUGCUGUUGGUUUUUUCUUCUUCUUUGUAACACAUAAAGAGAAAUUAAGAAGAACAUGCAAGAUGGAAAAUGACAUUUGAGAGCUGCAGCAGAGGGGGAGAUUUUUCAUGAAUAAUUACUUCUGUUUCAAAAACAAAACUGUCAUAUGACGGCUGAAGACUUGCAAUAUAGCACAAACAAGGCAUAUGGAUUGCUUUUAUGAUACUUUUAUAGUUGGUCCUCUUGGGCCUUGACAUUGUUCCAUGGAAAAAUAAUAGCAAAUGGAGUGGCAUGGGGUUAGAAAAUAAUGUCAGAAUGUUCAUUUUUGGAUUAAUUAUACCUUUAAGCAUCAGCAGCAUCAUUACUGUUGCGUUCAACUUCCUUUUAACUUUGACUUUAUAAGAGCAUCUGUUACAUUUUUAUUUAUCAGCUCAUACAGUCAGUGUCUACUGAAUCUAUGUGAUUCAGUUUUAUGUUGCCCUUGAUUAAAUGUACUGUACAUAAUUGCAGCUAUAAUCUACACUGCAUGAUUUCAAGUGCCUCAGCUGAAAUAAUAAAUUAAGUCAUGAGUGAAUUUAUC